GGCCCUCCUGUAUAUAUAACAUCAUCCGGCUCCUACUCUUCCUCUCAUCAACCCAAGCAGUCAGUUCUUCACUUACACAACAGAUUCUACACUCCACUACUGCCCAAUCUUCAGGAACCUCAAAGUUUUGCAAAAGAAAGAAGAGAGAGAUCAUGGCGGGUGCGGCGAAGGCGUCAUGGACGGUGGCGAUGAGUGUGGGCGCGGUGGAGGCGCUCAAGGACCAGGCGGGGCUCUGCCGCUGGAACUAUGCGCUCAAGUCCAUCCACCGAGCUGCCAAGGCCAAGGCCACCAUCCGCGGUGGCGUCUCGCAGGGCAGCAAGCAGCUUCAGGCCUCCGCGUCGGCCGUGGCGGAGAGGCGGCGAGCAGAGAAAGCAGAGGAGGGGCUGAGGACGGCGAUGUACCUCAGUUGCUGGGGUCCCAGUUAGUGGUAGCUAGCAUGAGGUGUUUCUGCAGUUCUGCUAGCUCUAUCAUCCAGCAACAACCAUGCCGUGUGACUCGGCUGGUUAAUUCCCUCCCGAUUGUAAAUUUGUCUCACCAUGAUGAUGAUGAUGAUGAUGAUGAAAUCUUCCUCCACUUUUGAGUUCAAA